AUGGAGCGCAAAGCCAAAAGGCCAUGGGCUGAGCAAGCCUCUGACUUGUAUGACAACCCCCAAAAGCGACAGGCCGUACCUCGAAACAACGAUAGUAUUGGCGCCUCCCAUAUCUCACAGGAGCCUGGCGCUCGGUCAGAGUUUGACGGUGUUGGCAUUCAACACUCUGGAUCCGGCAACUUCAGCGCGCGCGACGUUUACAUUGGAUCAACAUCAAACAGUGAACGCGAGCGCGAAUUUUUGAGGGACCUGCGUGUCAGCGACCCCCGCGACGACAAACAUCGCAUCGAGCGCACGAAGGGCGGCCUGUUGCGAGAGUCAUACCGCUGGAUCCUUGAUCAUAACGACUUCGGCCGAUGGCACUACGACGGACAGAGCCGACUGCUCUGGAUCAAGGGCGAUCCUGGUAAGGGCAAAACAAUGCUACUCUGCGGUAUUAUCAAUGAGUUGGAAAAACAGCCUUCAAACACUUUUCUGUCCUAUUUCUUCUGCCAGGCGACGGACAUGCGCUUGAACAACGCAACAGCCGUAUUACGCGGACUCAUUUACUUACUCCUCGAUCAACGACCGUCCCUAAUCGAACGCUUACGAAAGAAGUAUGACCAUGCGGGUAAACAGCUGUUCGAAGAUGUUAACAGUUGGGAUGCCUUAUCAAAAAUGUUUAUCAUGAUCCUGCAAGACAUAGGUUCACAAGAUACCUACCUGGUUAUCGACGCACUUGACGAAUGCGAGACUGGCCUUAUCCAGCUUCUACACCUAAUCGUCCAAGUAUCCUCUUCAUCUCAAGCGAAAUGGCUAGUUUCUAGCCGCAAUAGACGGGAUAUUGAGCAAAUCGUGCGCCCUGCUGAGUCUCGGGCGAGGCUGAGUCUGGAGCUUAGAGAAAAUGCAGAGCUUGUUUCUCAGGCUGUUAACGCAUACAUCUCUCAGUGUGUUUCAGAUCUAGUUGUACUUCAAGGAAAUCAAUUGCUGCAAGAUCAAGUCCAGCGGUUAAUGCAACUGAAAGCCGACGGAACAUUCUUAUGGGUUGCUCUGGUGGUUCAAGAGCUCCACAACGCAGAGAUUUUGGAAGUCAUGGACAUCAUCAAUGAUAUCCCGAGCAGCCUGGACGAGUUAUACGAACGAAUGAUACGGCAAAUCCAAGAGCAAGGGCGGCAGAGACCCGAACUUUGUCGGAAACUUCUAUCAACAGUUACCGCCACGUAUCGUCCACUUCACUUGAAAGAACUCCAGGCUCUUGUCGAUUUGCCGUCUAACAUUUCUGACACACAUCAAAACAUUGUGGCCAUUGCAGGUUGGAGCGGUUCUUUCCUCACAAUAAGAAACGAUGUUGUUUACAUUAUCCAUCAGUCAGCAAAGGACUUCUUAGCCAAGCAUGGAUUUCUUUUCCCAUCUGGUUUAGCACAGGAGCAUGACACCAUCGCCUUGAGAUCGAUGCAGAUCAUGUCGAAAACACUCAGACGCAACAUUUAUGACAUACCUUCGCCGGGAUUUCCCAUUAACCGAGUCAAGCCCCCCGACCCAGAUCCGCUAGCGUCAGCCCGGUAUUCUUGUGCCUACUGGGUCAACCAUUUUACGGAUGCUUCUACCAAGCAGGACCAGCGCGGCCAAGACCUCAAUGACAGCAAAUUGGUGUACGAAUUUUUGAAAAAGCACUUCCUUCACUGGCUGGAGGCGCUUAGUCUUCUUGGGAACGUAUCUGAGGGUAUUCUCCAAAUGUCCAAGCUGGCAUAUUUGGCUGAGCUACCAAGAAAAGACUCUAAGCUUACUAAUCUGGCUCUGGAUGGGUUACGAUUUAUUCGAGCUAAUAGAGUGGGUUUUGAAAACAGCCCUCUUCAGUUGUAUACUUCAGCGCUUAUGUUCUGCCCUGAAAACAGCAUCAUUAGAAAGCUAUUUUCUUGCGAGGAGCCUGAAUGGGUUAAUCUAAAACCUGCUAUGGAAAAGAAGUGGAAUUCAUGUCUACAGACUCUCGAGGGCCAUGAACACAUCGUCUACUCAGCAGUGUUCUCGGGCAACAGUACCCAGCUAGCAUCAGCAUCGGGUGACGACACGAUCAAGGUCUGGAACACUGCUACAGGCCAUUGCAUUCGGACGCUUAAGGGCCAUGAUGAUAGGGUGUGGUCAGUAGCCUUUUCAGGUGACAGUAUUCGGCUAGCAUCAGCAUCGUGGGACUGCACUGUUAAGAUCUGGGACGUUAUCACAGGCCAGUGUAUCCAGACACUUGAGGGCCAUAUCGACAGGGUCCACUCCGUAGCCUUCUCGGGCGACAGUACCCAGUUAGUAUCAGCAUCCAAAGACAAAACUGUCAGGAUUUGGGACAGCACUACAGGCCAUUGUAUUCGGACUCUUGAGGGCCAUGAUGAUAAUAUCUGGUCAGUAGCCUUUUCGGGUAACAAUAUGCAGCUAGCGUCAGGGUCAGCAGACAAAACUGUUAAGCUCUGGGAUAGUGCGACAGGCCAGUGUCUUUGGACACUUGAGCAUAAAGCCGGUGUCAACUCAGUAGCCUUUUCAGGCAACAGCAAGCAGGUUGCAUCGGCGUCAGUAGACAAUACUGUUAAGGUAUGGAGCAGCGCUACGGGCCAGUGUCUCUGGACACUUGAGCAUAAAAGCAUUGUCAACUCAGUAGCCUUUUCAGGCAACAGCAUGCAGCUAGCAUCAGCAUCACAAGAUUUAACCGUUAAUGUCUGGGACUGCGCUACAGGCCAGUGUCUCCAGACGUUUAGGGGUCAUACGUCGUCCAUCUGCUCAGUAGCCUUCUCAAGUGAUGGAACUCAGCUCGCAUCAACAUCAGAGGACAGGACCGUUAAGAUCUGGGAUAUUGAUAUGAAUCAGCAUCUACAUAUACUAAAUGGCCAUAAUGGUGCUGUUUCUUCAAUCGCCUCCUCAUGCAGCAGCACCCAGGUAGCAUCAGCAUCGUGGGACUGCACUGUUAAGAUCUGGGACGUCAUCACAGGCCAGUGCAUUCAGACACUUGAGGGCCAUAACGACGCGGUCGUGUCAGUAGCCUUCUCAGAAGAUAGCAAACAACUAGUAUCGACAUCAAGUGACGACACUAUUAAGAUUUGGGACAGCACUACAGGCCAGUGUCUCCGAACGCUUGAGGGCCAUGAUGGUUAUAUCUGCUCAGCUGCCUUCUCAAAAGACAGUAAAUACCUGGCAUCAGCAUCGUGGGACAAAACUAUCAAGGUCUGGGACAACAUAACAGGCCAGUGUCUCCGAACGCUUGAGGGUCAUGAUGAUAGUAUUUACUCAGUUGCCUUCUCAAAGGAUAGUAAAUACCUAGCAUCAGCAUCGUGGGACAAAACUAUCAAGGUCUGGGACAACAUUACAGGCCAGUGUCUCCGAACACUUGAGGGCCAUGAUGAUUCUGUUUGGUCAGUUGCCUUCACAAGAGACAGCAAACAACUGGUCUCCUCGUCGUUGGAUGGAACCGUCAAGAUCUGGGACGGCACCACCGGUCAAUGCCAUCGAACGCUCAAAAUAGGUCGAGUGCUCAAUUACAUUGCCUUUUCAGAAACCGGACUAGAGCUCUAUACGGAUAUAGGCACUAUUGAUCUAAGGCAUACAUCUGCCACCGGUAGAUCAUCACUACUUCCCACCGGGGGAUUGGAACUGCCUCGCUUUUACGGCUAUGGUAUUAGCGCUGACAAGGUGUGGAUUGUAAGGGAUUCUGUAAAAUUGCUAUGGUUGCCGCCUGAGUACCGAACAAGACACUCGGCCGUGGUAGGGUCUACGGUGAUCCUCGGUUGCGGCGCAGGCCAGGUUUUAUUUUUACAAUUUCCGGAGGGCGACAUAUCUUUGUAG